UUGUAAACACAUGUUUUGUUUACUAAAUUUUUCUGGGGAACAUUUGAACAUUUUUGAAAGAUUACUGUUUGAUCAUCGGUCCAUUCAUUAUGUCUGAUAUUGAAGUUGACGACGAUGAUUUAAAGAACAUAGUGAAAUUAUUUGUAGCUCUUUGUAGAAAACGACCGUUUGACCACGAUGCCACUAGUACGAUAAAGACUUUAUCAAGUCGUUUAAAACCAGAAACCCACAGACUCGAUGAAGUACUAGAAUGGUAUGAAGAUAUAAAACUAAAAGUUACAUUCAAUCAUAAAGCUGCUGACAGUUUAGAAAAUGUGAAACAUGAUCCACGAAUGUGUAAAAUGUCAGUAAAUAUCAUGUCGUUGUUACGGCAAUGUGUUUUAACACAUCGAUGGUCGGAGUCGGUACAACUUCUACAACCUCUAUCAGAAGAAAUUUAUACAACAUUGUCUCCUGUCUGGAAAGUGAGUAUGGAAGUGAUGUUAAAGAGUCCAGAUCAGUAUCAAGAUAUAGUAGAAAAAAUGGUCAGGAGAUUAAGUCACUGUGCAUAUGAUCUAGAUAGACAUGAAAUAGUGUUAGAUUAUCUACUGUAUCUAUUAUCACAUGGUCAGUAUAAAAAUAUACAAGAUCUACCUGGAGUUAAAGAGAACAUUCGAUCAACUAUAACAGAAAGAAUUAGUGAAGUAAAGAAUCUAUAUUCAGCCUAUGCUGGUUUGAUGUGGUAUGGUGAAUGGUUGAGAUUGAAGGAUGAGUACGAUAGACAGAAAGAUGGUAGUCCAGACACGGAUAUAAAUACACUGUCAUCAUCUUUUAUUGGCAACCAAACAAGCAACUUAAGAUCUAAAAUGGACAAUUUAGCCCACAGAAUCAGUGAAUUAUGGAUUGGUUUAGUGGAUAAAACAGGAGUAUGGGAUAUCUUCCUUUAUAAACUCAUUGAAGUUUAUGAAGAACAGGGGAAGCUGGAAGAAGCAGAAGAUAUUUUAAAGAAAUAUAAAGAAAAGAAUGAUAUGAAUAUCAGUAUUUAUAAACAGAUGUACUAUUUCUAUGUACGGCAUCAAUAUCCUCAAGUAGAUAUUAUAAACAGUUUAAAGGGGCUUGUUAAAUUAGAUCCCUCAUCAUCAAAAGUUCUAGAUUUAUCUGAGUAUUUAAUAGUACAAGAUCCACCUGAGAUAGAUUAUUUAACGUCCAUUUUGUUUUGUAUGAUGGAUUAUUCAAUAUGGCAGAAUGAUGUAAAAACCUGGACAUAUUUUACUAAUCACAUUCUUCAAGUUUUUAUAAAUUAUCCAGAUAAUGUCAAGUUUUUGCGAAAACAAUGGAAAAAUAGAGAUGAUAUUUGGCCUGAUUUUCAUUUUCAUAUAAAAAGUGUGGAUCCGAGAUGGACAUCACAGAAUCUUUUAGAACAGAAAGCACUAUGUUGUGCUUUGUUCAAUAAUAUAGAUAAUGAAUAUACAACAGCAGCCAAACAAUAUUUACAACCUGAUUAUUGGCUUAAAAUACAAAAUACACUUGAUAAAUGUCUAAAUACUUGAUAUGACAUCAAUAAGGUUGUUUUUUUUAAAGCUGAUACAUAUCUCAUUAAAUGACAUGGGUCAGACUUGUAUACAGUUAAUAUGUGUGAGUGACAUCACAUGUAGAAGGCAUACUUGAACUUAUAAAGGUCAGUUAUCUUAUACAGAGGUAUAAGAACAGAAGGUGAAACAGAUUGCUCAAGUAUAUCUGUGGUAUUGUUGUUGUACAUUGUCCUAUGUGUUACACAUGAAGGAUUGUCUUUAAUGUUCCUGGUAGAGACACAUCAUCUUAAAAUUUAGUUCUGUGGGAUCAAUGAUGAAAGUUCCACUACAUAUGACUCCCUUUCCCGCGAAAGGCUUCUAAUUGAAUAAACAAAAUAUUUCAGGCAACAACUGACCAUCUUGACCAUAGCUGGAACAAAUUCUAUUCAUACCAAAUUUGUAUUGUGACUGACA